AUGAAUACUACUGAGCCAUCGGCGUCGACUCCGACAGGUCCUCACACGAGCACAGCCAGAGAUAUAGACACUUCAUUGUCUUGUUCACCCACUCAUAUAGAGUCGGAUCUAUCCUCGUCGAUAAGCAGCGGCCGAUCCCGCUCGAGCGCUACGUCCCGAAAAUAUUCCGCUCAUCAGUCCCCGCAAUCACAGAAGCGGUUCAAUGAGAACACCCCCAUAAACGGCGCUAGCUCAUCAUCGCGUGGCUAUCAGGCCACCGAGCCUCCAAACCCGACUCCUGGGAAUCACGAUUUCAUCAAGGAUUGUCAAUCCAGUAACCCUGAAUCUAGCAAUGCUGCCGGUUCCUCCAACCAAAAGGCUCAGACUAAUCAGCGCGAGCCAGAAGAGGAACACGAGCGAUCCCUGUUAGGCCGGUUCGUGGACCGAUUUGGCGCUCUAGAAUUGGAGAACAAGGGUAGCGUGGCACGAGAUCACUUGGCCUUGGAACGAACAUUCCUUGCGUGGAUGCGCACAUCGCUAGCGUUUGCCUCCAUCGGCAUCGCCGUUACUCAACUAUUCCGAUUAAAUACGGCCAAUACGUCUACGAAUGCCAAAUACCAUGGCACCUACGAUAAUUACCCCGGGAUUCAACCCCCUUCCGAUUCCUCGUCUAUCCUCGAUACUUUCGCAAUGUCCCCUUCACCACAGGAUACAUCCAGACUCCGCAAUGUAGGAAAACCUCUCGGCUCAACGUUUAUAGGCGUUGCUAUUUUAGUUCUAAUAAUUGGGUUCCACCGUUACUUCGAGAGCCAGUACUGGAUUAUUCGUGGGAAAUUCCCUGCCAGCAGAGGCAGUGUGGCACUUACAGCUUUCGUGGCGAUUGCAUUGAUUAUUGCGGCGUUUGCGGUGAUUCUGGCUGUAUCACCAAAUUCAUAUGAGUCCUAA